CGAACAUCCCUACAACCUUGUGCACUCUACAUCGCGUUUCUACAGCACCUCGAAAGGAGCGACGUACGGUCGGUGGUACUCAGUACACACCAUGGGCAUCGACAUCACCAUUUCCACUCGGCAAGGGGCCUGCUAUGCUGGAGAUGUCAUCGAAGGCGCUGUCCACCUCAACGUCUCUGCGAAAAACGAGGAGGGGUCGUCGGCGGAUGAGCUCGUGCUCCGACUGUAUGGCGUGGCCAAGACUCGGGUCAUGUACGACACGACGAACAUGGCCCACAACAACAGCAACGCGCAGUCGUACACCCACCGAGAAAUGCUAACCGAGAAGAAGGAGUUCCUCUCGUACGAUGUCCAGCUAGCGGCUUUCGGCGGGAAGGCGGCGUCAGGGAGCCAUAGCUUCCCUUUCCAAGUGAUGCUUCCCCCGGGGCUGCCGCCAUCCAUGGAGGAGAACGGCUCCCAGGGAGGAAGCUGUGAGAUUUUCUAUGGCUUCGAGGCGAGGCUGCACCGACCAGGGAUGCUCCACUUCGACGCAAAGGGGAAAGCAAAGUUGACCGUGUUGAGCAAACCACACGAGGCCGGCGCCGCAACGCCUGUGCUGGUGGGCCCAGCUACGCAGACGGUGAAGAAGUUUUGUUGCUUCAAGAGCGGGAGCAUGAGCAUUGGAUUCCAGGCGGACCACUCGGAGGUGGGGCUAAACGAAACCGUAGGGCUUACAGUCGUGGCCCGUAACGACAGUUCCGCUGAGGUGAAAACCAUGCACGUCGAGAUCAAGCAGGUGUCCACGUGGUUCGCCCGGGGCUACAAAGAGAGCAAGACUCGCACGGUUGCGGCGGUCGUCGUUCCGGGGACACAGCUCCGAGCAUCCGAGAAAGGGAACCAGCGCGGGCGAAGCUCUGCCGUGAUAGCAGACACUGCGCGGGCGGACCUACAGGAGCAGCUCGGCGCUGGGGCCGGCACUCACUACGACCUCUUGGUCCCCGGCAACAGCCUGCUCACCCUGCAGGCAGACCUAAUCGAGGUGAAGCACACGCUCAGCGUGAUGCUGAAGACCCCGCAUUGCAUCAGCUCGCCGGACGUCUGGACACCGCUGCUCGUGCACGCCGGCACCACCAGUGCCCCCGACGGGGUGUCCGGCGAAGGGUUGUUCGUGCCACACUCGGGCGAGGCUAUCCCGUUCGCCACCGGUCUCGACGACGAGGGGAACGUCAAGCCCGUCUCAGUGCCGCAAAGCGCCGUGACUAUGGAGUACACCAACAACAUUUCCAAGUUUUAG